GAACAUCAAAUAUUCUUGAUUUUCAGGCAUUCAUUCCAACUCCUUUGUAUCAAUUCUCCUCCUAAAUUCUGAUGUUCUUCUCUCCGGAUUGCUCUUAUCAUCUUUUGGUUCGUCGAGGUGGUUUAAUCUUCGCAUGGGUUUGAUACCAUUCGGCUAGCUGAUCUUUCCUGAUUGUUUUUGUUUGGUGGCAAGCAAUUGGGAUCUUUGGCCCAACACCCGUUUGCAAUCGGGUGUUCUUUGAUCCGUUUUUGGUUUCAUUCGAUUCUGGGUUCUUGAGAUUCUGGCGAGGGAUUAGAAUUUCUCCAGUAGGCCAUGGUUGAUCCUGGUUUCUGCUGAUAUCUCAAGGAUUUUGUUGCCAUAUCAUCGAAUUUUCCAGAGGACCUAAAUUGCGAACUUAUAAUUUUCUUCCCUUACUAGCCCGGUUUGGUCUAGAUGGAGCAAUUCCGGCACAUCGGGGAGGUUUUGGGAAGCCUGAAGGCUCUUAUGGUGUUAAGAGAAGACAUUCAGAUAAACCAAAGGCAGUGCUGUUUGCUGUUUGACAUCUUCAGUUUGGCCUUCAAGACAAUUGCAGAGGAAAUAAGGCAGAACCUGAGAUUAGAAGAGAAGAACACGAAGUGGAAAGUUCUUGACCAGCCUCUGAAAGAGCUUCACAGAAUCUUCAAAGAGGGAGAAUUGUACAUUAGGAGUUGUUUGGAUUCCAAAGACUGGUGGGGGAAAGCCAUCAGCCUCCAUCAGAACAAGGACCCUGUGGAAUUUCACAUUCACAACUUGCUCUGCUGCUUUCCAGUGGUCAUCGAGGCAAUCGAGACUGCUGGGGAAAUCUCAGGAUUGGACCCAGAUGAGAUGCAGAAGAAGAGAGUCAUGCUAGACAGGAAGUAUGAGAGGGAGUGGAAUGACCCAAAACUUUUCCAGUGGAAAUUUGGGAAGCAGUAUUUGGUUCCCAGAGAACUCUGCAGCCGGUUCGACAGUGUUUGGAGAGAAGAUAGAUGGCUUCUUCUCGAAACAAUCAAGGAGAAGAUGAAAUCAGGAUCUGUUGGUAAGUAUGAACAGAAGCUUGGAGACUUGCUGUUGAAGAAAAUCAGCGGGACAGAGAAGUUUAAUGCUAAGCUCUUCCCAAGUUCAAUCUUGUUAGGAUCAAAGGAAUACCACGUAAGGCGGCGAUUAGGAGGAGGAAGCCAGUAUAAGGAAAUCCAGUGGUUGGGGGAAAGCUUUGCUUUGAGGCAUUUCUUUGGGGAGAUUGAAUCGUUAAAUACUGAGAUUUCUUCCCUCCUAGCACUUUCCCAUCCUAACUUGGUUCAGAAUCUCUGUGGGUUUUACGAUGAGGAAAAGAAAGAAUGUUCUCUUGUGAUGGAGCUUAUGAAUAAGGAUCUCUGCCAUUAUAUAAAAGAGAUGAGUGGCCCGAAGAGGCGAAUUCCAUUCUCUCUCCCAGUUGCAGUUGAUAUCAUGCUGCAGAUUGCGAGAGGAAUGGAAUAUCUCCACUCCCAAAAGAUGUACCAUGGAGAUUUAAACCCUUCUAAUGUCUUCCUCAAAGCAAGGAGUCCCUUCACAGAAGGUUAUUUUUAUGCAAAAGUCUCAGGUUUUGGCUUGUCAUCUGUUAACAGCCAUUUCUCUCGGAACUCCCCAAGCCAGAAUGGGACUGGUAAUGGGAAUGGGAACCAUCCUUUUAUCUGGUAUGCCCCAGAGGUUCUAGCAGAACAAGAAAAACCAGGAAACGCCUGCGGUUCCAAGUACACAGAAAAAGCCGAUGUCUAUAGCUUUGGGAUGCUUUGCUUCGAGAUUCUAACGGGUAAAGUUCCCUUUGAAGAUGGUCAUCUUCAGGGAGACAAGAUGAGCCGAAACAUAAGAGCAGGGGAGAGGCCUCUCUUUCCAUUCUGUUCGCCAAAAUACCUUGCAAACUUAACCAGGAGAUGCUGGCAAACAGACCCAAUUCAGCGCCCAAGUUUCUUCUCCAUCUGCAGGAUUCUACGCUACAUCAAAAGGUUCCUUGUGAUGAACCCAAAUCACAGCGAGCCUGAACUCCCACUGCCACUGGUCGAUUACUGCGACCUAGAGGCAGGGUUUCUGAAGACGGUCCCAAGGGAAGGGGGUUAUGAUCCAGCAUCAGUAUCACAAAUUCCAUUUCAGAUGUUUGCUUAUAGACUUGUAGAGAAAGAGAGGACCACUGUGAACCUCAAAAAUAAGAGUUGGGAUUCUGCAAGUGAAGCCGCAUGUCCAAUUUUUGAAGAGGAUAACCUGGGCACUGUGGAAGAUCCUGUCCUGCUUUCAAUUGAUGGAAGGUCUGUCUGUUCCGAAAUCACAGAGAAGAAAACCACUCUGUCCCUUAAGAAAUCUUCAGAAUUGAAAGCCAGCCGAGGUACAGUGAUGCCAAGAAGCCAAUUACCAAGACCAUCACCAUCAUCCUUGAGUCCGUGCGGUCGAAGUUUGAGGAUGAACCCAGGGAAGCAGCUACGUUUGGUUGUGACCCCAAACAGACGCAGUAGAAGAACCGAGCAUCAUAUUUCAGAUUCUGAGAUAGCAUAGUUGUAUACAGCUGCUGGUUUUAGCCUACCAUAGGAUUUUCAAGUUGACAAACUAGCAUUAUCCAUGUUAAACCCACUUGUGGUUUUACUUGAAGGUACCAGUUGUUUUCAUCUUGAAGGUAAGAAAAGAGGAACUUGUACUUCAGGCGCAUACUGCCUUUACUUGUCUUGAAGAUUUUGUGCUGUAGGAAUUCAGUUUUCUGUGAUGGAUACAGUUUUCCCAUUCUUCAUUCCUCAAAUUUCUCAUUUGGGCUGUAUUCUUUUCAAGAACAUGUUCCAAACAACAUCUAUCACACAGAUUUUUUUUGGAAGCCCCAAACGAUGUUCUCAUGUAUUAUAUUACUUGCUGCUAGAAGCAUAAAUUAAACCAAGGCAUGUCAAUGUAACCCAGUUACUGCAAAAACUUAAGUGUGUUUGAUUAAGGUUUCAGAUAUGGUAUCCAAAAACACAUGGACUACAGAAAAUCAGCAUUUGCUUUGGAUGUAUUCAAAAACCUGUUCUCAAUAUCAUAUCCAACCUCCUCUUAAAAUACAGGUUCUUAGAAAAUGUUUGGAGGUGCUUUCCACCAUUUUUAGCUUUUGAGAUCCAAUCGAAAACACAGAAUACUAGGUGUAAACCCCCCCGGGGGGUCCCCCCACAGAAACGGCAGACAACCCAACAGCCUCUCUUGCUCCCUGGCUCCCUCACCAUCCUUGCUGCCAUUUCAAAUGAAAAGUGCCUACGACACAAAUUCAAGGCCAGACGAGAAUUGGAGCCCAACUACCUUUUUCGUUUUUCAAAGAUUUAUAGAAUGAUGCUUUGAAGGGAGGUUUUAACAAAGAAUUGGAGCACUGGAUCUGCGUUCAUCAUGAAGGCUUGAUUGGAGCCCUAUCAGUUUUCCAUUUGACGCAAAUGUGGAUGUGUUAACUGAGUUGCCACAGAUAAUAAACUCUAGAUCUGUGUUCAACAUAAGGUCUACAACAUUUGUUUCCCAUGUUAAAACUCUCACAUGGUUUUGCUCCUUUUUCUGCACCAGAUUAUUUAUAGGCUUAUAGCAAGUUUCAACA